CAGUUCUUGUUUCUAACCUCGGUAUUGUUAGUUCACUACUUAUUCUUUCUAUUCCAUUAGAACAGAGUGUAAGAAAUGGAGGAAGGAAACCAGUCUGUGGUGUCUGAGUUUAUUUUCCAGGGGCUUUGUGCCUCCAAGGAGCUGCAGAUCUUCCUCCUUCUGACAUUUUCUACACUCUACCUGCUGACUGUCGUGGGUAAUCUCUUCGUGGUGCUGCUGAUCAUCAGGGACCACCAUCUCCACUCGCCCAUGUACUUCCUGUUAGCUAAUCUCUCCUUUGUUGACUUCUGCCUCUCCUCAGUAACCACACCCAAGCUGACCACAGACCUCCUGCGCGAGAAUAAGACCAUUUCCUUUGGGGGCUGCAUGAACCAGAUCUUCUGUGUGCAUUUCUUUGGAGGGACUGAGAUGGUGCUUCUUGUGACAAUGGGUUAUGACCGCUAUGUGGCCAUCUGCAAGCCACUUCGUUACUCCAGCAUCAUGGACAGGCAAAAGUGCAUCUGGCUAGUUUUGAUAGGAUGGAUCAUUGGCUUUGUGCAUGCCAUGAGUCAACUGAUCAUGAUUUGGGGUUUACCCUUCUGUGGACCCAGAAUAGUGGAUAGCUUUUUCUGUGACAUUCCUUUAGUGAUGAAAUUAGCCUGCAUGGAUACAGGUACUUUGGAAAUACUGAUAAAUGCUGACAGUGGUGUUGUAGCAACAACUUGCUUCAUUCUCGUGAUGAUCUCCUACAUUCAUAUCCUGCUAACUGUCUUCCUUCAUUCUCAAGAUGCUACAUCAAAGGCACUCUCUACUUGCACCUCACACAUCAUAGUGGUGGUUCUGUUCUUUGGACCAUGCAUCUUCAUCUAUCUGUGGCCAGUCAGCAUCACUUGGGUGGAUAAAUUUCUUGCUGUGUUUUAUACAGUAAUUACACCUCUUUUGAAUCCAGCCAUUUAUACACUGAGAAAUAAAGAGAUUAAAAAUGCCAUUAAAAACCUGAUGAAUAAGCAUUACAUAAGUCAUGAAGGAAAAUAUCAAGAUAUAAAUGAACUCAUAACACAGUUACAAAGUAACAAUAAGUCCUUAGCUUUUAUAGUAAGCUUCGGUUCAACACAGUCUGCUCAGAAACAUCCCUUUAGUAAUAGAUUUGUUUCCCCGCCUUAUGGAUAA